CCAAACGACGACAGCUGUUGGCAAUGUUGCCUACAGGCGCGAGUUGAUAGGGGUCCGCGUAAAUUAUUAACAAGUCUGCAUGAAGGUGACGGUUAAUGAUAACGUUAACUAGAUUUUGUAAUAGAGGCAGCUGUGAGCGACCCGGAGUUAUGUCCCGCGCGAGGCAGGCAGUGGAUUAAAAAUGCAACACUUCAAAACGAGUUGAAUUCGGCAUGGGCUUGGGCGACGCUGGCGCAACCGGCGAGCCCGCCAGUGUUGUUAUGACGCCGGGACCGCGUGGUUGACUCCGUCACUCGGACUGUUCACCACACAUUUACUAUUGCUAUAAAAUAGCCUACCUGUAAACAUUCAUAACAUGUUUUGAUCUGAGUGCUCGUGAUCUAAGUGAUUGAAGGAUAUUGGCAAUUUUGAUGAUCGGAUUGACUGCAGCACCGACGUUUAUAAAGCAGGAACACAGCUAACAGACAGGGACGCUACAAACGUCAGUAUUUACGUGGAGAGAACAAGGGAUAAUAGCAGAUUGUUAGCAAGGGUGUAAAGGAUGGCGGGGGAAGCCCCGGGCUCGCUGCACGGGUGGGGCUGCACGCCAACCGGGGACACGCCGCCGACCGUAGCGGGUGAGAACGCCAGCAAACCGGCGUGCCUGCCAGUUCUGCUCAGGGGCUGGCGAAAGACUGCCCUCUACUGCAUCCUAGUGUUCCUCACGGUGCUAAUUUUCCUAAAUAUCGGACUGACCCUAUGGAUCAUUAGUAGUUUGAAAUUGAGAAUGGGUGGGUUUGGUCCAAUGAACAUCGUUAAAGGUGGCAUAGAGCUGCAAGGACAGGCGCUCGUAAUGGACAACUUAAUCGCCUCGUCAAUAAGCUCACGCGCCGGGCAGCCCAUAACCUUUCACUCGCACCGGAACUUUAGCAUACUGGUCACCGAGCCCGAGUGGAAGGAAACCGCCAAAUUGGUGCUCAAAAGAGAUAGCAUUGAAUGCAGCGGACGCAUGUUUGAGGUGCGUGACGCGCACGGCGGCGAAGUGUUCCGCGCGUCACGCGACGAGGUGCGCGUGUUCAGCGACGCGCUGGCAGUGGACGGGCCCGGCGGGGUGGUAGUCAGAACGGCCGUGCAGGCGCCCAGCGUCAUGGCGCCACCGGGAUCUGACCUGCAGUUGGAAUCUCUAACGAGACACCUGGAACUGAUAGCCCCGCAAUCCAUACACCUGGAGAGUCGAGCGGGUGGCAUUCAUGUCACGGCUCACAGCAACAUCAAACUGGAUUCUAUUGUCGGCGCCCUAAAAAUCGACACUCCGAGUAUUUUCAUUGCAAACCUUAAAGAGGCUAUGAGAGCAGAGUCCGCGCCCCCGACCAAACACUUGAGGCCGCAGAAAGUGUACCAGCUGUGCGCCUGCGCGUCGGGCAAGCUGUUCCUCGCCACCGCCGACGCCUCCUGCGCCGCCAACAACGCCGACACGGACUUUUGUAGAUGAUAAAUAUAAUUACUAAUUAAAAACCAAUAAAUACUCAAUAUUUAUUC